CUAAUUUCACCCAGCAACAGCUGCCACUGUCAGAGACUGGGGCUGGAGGAGAGCUCAGAGCUGCAUAUCUAUUUAUGCCUACUUACUAUAUAAUUGAUUUUUACUAUUUGCACACGCGUUUGUGACAGCAGUAAUACUACACAGCUGUGGUAAUGACUUAUAGCCAGCAGAGGGCGAUCUACCACCCAAUCUGUUACAGGGAACGGAGGUGUCGCCGCAGAGUUGGUAGCUGACAACGACUGCUCCCAUCUAAGCACAAUGAGAGCGGUCAUCCAGAGGGUCACUAAGGCUGGGGUCACGGUGGGAGAGGAGCAGAUCAGUUCCAUUGGACGUGGUAUCUGUGUAUUGUUGGGGAUCUCUGUAGAAGACACACAGAAAGAUAUUGACUAUAUGAUCAGAAAGAUUCUAAACCUCCGGAUAUUUGAGGAUGAUAGUGGAAAACACUGGUCUAAGAGUGUUAUGGACAAGCAGUAUGAAGUGCUCUGUGUAAGCCAGUUUACCUUGCAGUGUGUCUUAAAGGGAAACAAGCCAGACUAUCAUUUGGCCAUGCCUUCUGAGCAAGCAGAGCCCUUUUACAAUGACUUCUUACAGCAAAUGAGAAAGGCCUACAAACCAGAACUUGUCAAAGAUGGGAAAUUUGGAGCUUACAUGCAAGUAACCAUACAGAACGAUGGUCCAGUCACCAUAGAGUUGGAGCCGCCGGUGUCAUCGAUGGACCCAAAGCAUGUACCGAGGAAUACCAAUAGGAACAAAGCACCAAGAAGCUUGCAAAGCUUGAAAAACAGCAACAAAGAAAAGAAAAAACAAGAGCCAAGGCCCCCUCUGAGCCUAGCCGCGAGAGGAGUUUACCUCGCAGUAAGGAUGACCCCAACGCAAGCAGUGGUGCAGAGGGAGAUGUGUCCUCUGAAAGAGAGCCCUAAGGGUGUCUGGUGCCAGGAUCCUCCCCCCCCAACAUGGAAAACAUUUCGUUAGGGACCAAAGCAUUGGAGUGUUUAUGGAAUACACCACAGCAUACACAAUUUUUGUUCUUGCUUUCUGCUCAAUGAAUAUGGGCUUUUCAUAAUAGCUUGUGAGAUGCAGACAGGCACAAUUCUGGGAGAGUCAGCACGGAUUUUUAAAUUAUUGCCGCUGUAAAAAUUUUAUCUAACUAGCCGGAAUUGCGUCAAUGCCUACAAAUCACAUGCUAUUACAUAAGCCCCUUCUUGCCUCUUGCAGUCAUUUCUGACACUUAAUCAUAUGUGCACACUCUUUCUGUUACUAAGUUGCUAAUGAAGUCCAACUCUAAGGCUAUGCCCAUGCCUCUGUAGGUUCUUAGGUGUGCUGGGUGGCACAUGCCAUAGGAAUGUACACCCUCCAAUGGCCACGCUCCCAGUACCCAAGCCCACUCAAUGUCUCAGCAGCCCUCUUGAUUUCAUCAUCACGUCAUAUUUAUGCUGUCUACAUACUGUGAUAUGCUCUGUGCUGGGAGCAUGAUAUCUUUGUGUAUGGUCAUAAAACCCCCCAGGAUCGAUAAUCACAUCCAAUUAUAAAUGUGGCCAGAUUUUGACUACAGAUUGUCUGUGUCAGAUUAUCGUCUGACUUCACUAACGUGCCAGUGAUGCCAGAAGAGUAUCGGCCCAUUGGUCUGGACAUUAAAUGACUGGUGCUCAUCAAAUUUGUCCACAUUUUUUUUGACAUUGACCAGAAGGAUAGUACUUUAUCUAGUUUUAUCUAGUCAGCAUUAAUAAUACUUAUGAUGAUUUAUACUAUAAUACACUCAAUCAUCUCAAUAAAGAACAUAUGCUAUAGAGAUCCGGUCGGGAUCCCGGCAGUCGAAAUACUGACGCCGGAAUCCCCACCCCACUUGGAAUGGCAACACCGGCAUCAUGAAUAGGGUCACAAGCCUGGCGCUGGAAGCCUGACCGCCAGGAUACCGAACAAACGUGAUGGGCUGCAGAACAGGCAAGCCGCGGGGAGGGAGGUUGAGGUUUAGACUGCGGGAGGGGGU